AGCACUGACAGUCCAGCAGCUCAGUGGAGGCUAUGUUUGUGGAGAUGGGCCUGCGCUGGCUGUGGAGGCACCGGGUGAGUGCUUUACUGCUGGUGUUAGCGCUCGCACUGCUCCUCUCGCUCCUGGCCACACGCUCACUGCACACCAACAGAACCUAUGAUCUGAGACCUACAGCAGACAGAAGGAACCAGAGAAGAGUUGCUGAGAAACACACGUCACCUCUCACUCCAAACACACACCAUCAGCCCAAACACACACCGACAGCAAGAGCCGAGCGGCGGAGAGCACAUCCACCCGUGGUCUUCCUGAAGACACACCGGACCGGCAGCAGCACCGUGCAGAACAUCCUGUUUCGACUCGGAGAACGAGAGAGCGCCACCUUCGCCUUUCCCUCCCGCACGUUCCAGUUUAACUACCCAGACAGAUUCAGAGCGACAUUUGUGGACGAGCUGCCCGAGGGUUCAUCUCAGUUCGACUUGCUUUGCAGUCACAUGCGUCUGGACCUGAGGGAGGUGAGGAAGGUGAUGCCCCAGAAUGCUGUCUUCAUCACGCUCUUGCGAGACCCAAUCAAGACCUUUGAGUCAGUCUUUGGGUACUACACCUCCACUGUCCCAGCGUUCUUCACUGCACGCCGAGCCGCCACCAACGAAGGUAAAUCUGCACUCUCUGUGUUCCUGGACUCUCCGGAGAUCUUCUGGGACCCGAAGGAACCUGGGAAUGGUCUUGCCAAGAACCCAAUGAGCUUUGACAUGGGGCUCAACAACCAGAAGUGGAAUGGCUCAUGGCCGGAGGACUUGGCACAACUGGAGGAAGCGUUUCACCUGGUGAUGAUCGCCGAGCACUUCGACGAGUCCCUGGUUCUCCUGGGGGCUCUUCUCGGACUGAAGCAUGAGGAUUUGGCUUACCUUCGGCUCAAUGUUCGUGCCGGCAACAGCGUGACGGAGCUGGACGAGAACAUGCAGGCAAAAGUGCGAUCAUGGAACGUGCUGGACACUCUGCUCUAUGACUUCUUUGUGCAGGUGUUCUGGGAGAAGGCGGCUCAGUUCGGGAUGGAGAGGUUGAAAGCAGAAGUGGAACAGCUCAAGGCCUUUACGGAGGACGUACGACGGAAAUGUGUGUCCAGGACUGAGGUUCCUCCGAAAGAGCUGGAGGACUUGCUGCGCCCAUGGCAGACAGAGACAGCCACUAUUGUGGGAUAUGAGGUGCAGGGGAAUCUGUCGCUGCAGGAUCAGGGGUUCUGCAUUCGGAUGAUGCUUCCUGAGCUUCAGUAUCACUCGCACUUGUACUUCAAGCAGUAUGGUAGAGAUAUGAGAGCCGCUCCAGCUGACUGAAACCUUGGACCAGGUGGGACUCAAUGGUCUCAGGCCUGGUCUUGGCUAAUGGGACUCCAUCAACUCUUCACAGAACAAGUCUUCACAGAACAAGUCUGGUGGAGUUGAACUAAGAUGGAGCAUUGCACCAUCAAAAUGCAAGUCCUGGAUAAAACAAGACAGCAACACUCCUUCCCCAAACGGUGGUCUACAUCAGUGGUUCCCAACUUAUGUCCUGGAGAACCCCAAACAAUACACAUUUUGGAUGUUUCUCUCAUCUGACACAAUCAUUUCAGGUCUUGGAGAUUUUACUAACAAACUGAUGACAGUGAUGUCCAAUGAUCCUGCUCCUGGAGGGACAAUGUUCUGCAGAGUUUAGCUCCAACACAUCUGCCUUGAAGUUUCCAGUGAUCCUGAAGACAUUGAUUAGCUGGUUCAGGUGUUUUAUUAAAGUUGGGAGCUAAACCCAGGUCAGUGGCCCUCUAGAAGCAGGAUUGGACACCACUGGAUUAGGAAGACGUACAAAAUUUGCAGAGUUGAGGGUAAUUUAAGACAAGGAUUGGGAACCACUGGUCUACAUCGAUGACUUAAACAUGAAAGUGAUGGAGAAACAUAUCAACGUGCAUUUGCACAAAGAUCUGCAUUGCGAUAACUAUUGGUUA